GUGACGGUGCUAAAAAUACAGCUGUAUAUAUAAGCUAGGGCUAGUGUAGCUUAGCUAAUCACGUGAUCAGUAAAAAUUAGCCUGUGCCCUAAGCCGCUGUAACCAGCAAAUCUACUAGAUGGUUUUCACAAACUAAACAGAUACAUGUGUUUUCUUUGGUGUUAAAUUUGUUAUCCAAGUUUUGGCCCCCCAAAGAAAAACUAAAAUAAUCUAGACACGCCCCUGACCAACACAUGCUAAUGACGAACACUUCAUCCAGACUGUUAGCUGUUUCCAGUGGAUUUCAUUGCCACCUUUGACAAUUUUACGACUUUCUUCGCAGGACGGUGAAUGAAAGGGGACCAACAAUGACAGCUAGAGAUUUAGAUAUGAGCCGUUGUGCUGAACAAGCCUGGCAUGACAAACGCUGUUUGGGUAAUCCCAUUACCUGUGCGGGGAUGUGGUGAGCAGAUUAGCGAGCUCAAAAUAAGGCCUGCCCUGUACGCAGGAAGCGUGCUUCAGAUAAUGCCCCAGUUAUCUUCUCCUGACUUAUCAAGCUAUUCUUUCGGUAUCAAAGCUCAGCGUAAGCCGGAUCACGAAUGCCCGUACCACAGACCCCUGGGUUUCGAAUCGGGAUUCGUGUCCUCCGACCAGAUCAACUGCUCCAGCCAGGACCAGUACACCGGCUGGUACUCCUCCUGGACCCCCAGCAAGGCUCGCCUAAACAACCAAGGAUUUGGGUGUGCCUGGCUGUCCAAGUUCAACGACCAGCACCAGUGGAUCCAGAUCGACCUGAAGGAGGUCGGGGUGGUGUCAGGGAUCCUCAUCCAGGGCCGCUGCGACGCAGACGAGUGGAUCACCAAGUACAGCAUCCAGUACCGCACCGUGGAGACGCUCAACUGGAUCUACUACAAAGACCAAACAGGAAACAACAGGGUCUUCUACGGGAACUCUGACCGCUCCUCCACGGUGCAGAACCUGCUGCGGCCCCCCAUCGUUGCGCGUUACAUCCGCCUGCUGCCUCUGGGCUGGCACACCCGCAUCGCCGUCAGGAUGGAGCUGCUGAUGUGUCUGAGCAAGUGCAUCUGAAGACGAAGAGGCCCGUUCUUUCGUCCCACAUUCAGCAGUUUCCUGCCAACAAGCCAAAAAAAAAAAAAACGCCCCAAAAAAAGAGGGCAUCGAUCCAACACUGACUCAGUAUCUCACAUUUGUCCUUGAACAUGCCUGCUGGAGACAUCCACACAUUUUCAAUCACCAGCGACAUGAGUGCAGUGUUGGAUCAGUCGUUUGAGGACCCAGUAGAGGUGCUCACAUCUCGCUUUUGAAGAUUAAAAACUGGAAAAAGCUUUGCACUGUUUGAAUCAAAUGAGCUUGUUUUAUUGGAGAUUUACAGUCACAGAUGUAAAACAUGAAUAUUCUAAAGUCAUUACGCUUAUGUCGAGUUAGGGAUUCGUAUGCUCCCUGUUUUGGGGGUUGGAAUGAAGGAAAAAAGGAAAACAAUAAUAAGCAGGUCAACACAGACUAUGCUACUAAAUCGUGUCUGUAACAAAAAGCACAAACUUAAUACUUGAUCUCGUUUAAACAGCUGAUAAAACAUUGUUCUGUUAUAAAUAUUACCAAACAAGUAGUCACACGUCAGUAUUAAUAUAAUACAUGGUGCUCCUUCGGAAAAACGGUAAAUUUCAAAGAGAGCGACGUACCGUGACACGUACAGAGCGCACAGUCCGUACGGACGCACAACACGACGCAGUCACGCCUCUGACUCGGUGUUACAUGUCUCGGUCCUCUCUCAAACACACACACACACACACGCAAACAGAGAUACACGCACGCGCACACACUGUGCAUAUGAUGAAAAGGAAGUGAGAAAGAAUUUACGUGGGUCAGGCCAAUAUUGCUGAGCCACGAAGACUCUUCAAGGUGCAACAUUUAAAAAAAGGGGUUAAGACUUGUUUCUGCAGUGCUGCUCUCAUGGCACUUCAUUUCCAACAAUAAUAAUAAUAACAAUAAAAAAAAAAAAAAAAGCAAAAACAAAACAGU